AUGCAAGCACCUAUGGAACUCGAGAAACUACGUACCGGGGGCGAUGAAUCCACCCGCGCCAGUUCACAUACCUCCUCGGGGUCGACGCUCUCGUACCAACACCUCAGCUUCUCUGUCUCCACGAAGAAGGGCAGUAAAGUCCUCUUGGAUGAUGUCUCGGUCGACAUUAAGGCUGGGGAGCUGUUGGCUAUUAUGGGCCCUUCUGGUGCCGGAAAGAGUACGCUACUCGAUUUGAUGGCGUUCAGGAAGCAGCCCGCUGAGGGUGGAAGGGCCUCCCUCAACGGCAAACAGCUCGAUCGAAGUUCGAUGCACAAGAUCUCGUGUUUCGUCGAGCAAGAAGACGCGCUCUUGGGCGUCUUGACUGUCCGUGAAUCCAUUCAAUAUGCUUUGAGGCUUCAUCUCCCACUCCUCCCGCGAAGACAGGUCAACGAUCGAGUGGAGCGAGUCAUUACGGCGCUUGGUCUGCAGUCAUGUGCGAACCAGAGGAUUGGAACGCCCAUCCAACGCGGUAUCUCUGGAGGCCAAAAACGACGUGUUACGGCAGCAUGCGCUAUGGUCACCUUCCCACGCAUUCUCUUCCUUGAUGAAGUUACUUCAGGGCUCGACAGCACCUCCGCUCGAGAAGUCAUGUCGUCCAUCCGCUCGUUGGCCAUCGCGGAGGGUAUCAUCGUUAUAGCCAGUAUCCAUCAGCCAUCUCUCGAGACCUUGACGCAGUUCACUAAAGUCAUGUUCCUGGCGGAGGGCAAGAUGUGCUUCCAUGGCGAAGUGGGCGAACUUGACGGAUUCUUCGAACGCUGGGGAAGGCCUGUUGGACGAUUCACUAAUCCUGCCGAUCAUGCGAUGAACUUCCUCAAUACGGAUUUCUCGCAGGAGAAGGCUGGGCACAACGAUGUUGCCAUUGCUGAGUUUAGGGAACAGUAUCUCGCCCAGUCGAAGGGCAGAGCUAACGGGGCUGAUUUCCCACCUCCCCCAGGCUCGAAGGGUGCUUCGACUACGAGCUUGGUGCACGAGUCCGAGACGAUCAAGGCCGGGAAGGCCGGUGUUCUCGGAACUCUCUUCUGGAACACGAUGGUGCUGGCGGAGAGGAGUGUGAAGAACUACAUGAGGAACUUGUUGGCUUAUGGCGUCCGUGCCGGCAUGUACGGAGGAAUGGGCUUCAUGCUUGCCACGAUUUGGAUCCGACUCGGGCUGAGCGAUUCGACGAUUAACGAUCGGCUCUCGGUUCAUUUCUAUAGUGUUGCUUUCCUUGCUUUCAUGUCUGUCGCUGGUAUUCCUGAAUUCUUGGAAGAACGUUCGGUCUACUACCGCGAGACGAAGAACGGCCUCUACACCACUCUGCCAUUCGUCCUCGCCAACACGCUCAUCACCAUCCCCUUCUUGUUCCUGUGUACCGUGCUCUUCACCGUCAUAUGCUACUGGGCCAUUGGAUUGCACCCUGGAGCGCCUGCUUUCUUCAGGUUCCUCGGAUUCCUCUUCCUCGCCUUGUUCGCCGCCGAAAGUCAGGUCGUGGUUGUCGCCUCCCUGAUUCCCAUCUUCGUUGCCGCCCUGGCUAUCACUGCCUUCUUGAACGGUUUCUGGAUGAGCGUCGGUGGAUACUUCAUCAAAGCCCGUUCUCUCCCUCGCUUCUGGUUCUACAGCUUCCACUACAUGGACUUCCAGAAAUAUGCCUUUGAGCUUUUGACCAACUCCGAUUUGCGAGGCUUAACAUUUACCUGUGAUACCUUGGUGAACGGCACCUGCGCAUGCGCAUAUCCAACAUCAGCCCCUCCGGAAGCCUGCACUGUAUCUGGAGAAGAUGUUCUCAGGUACCUCGAAAUUGGACACAUCUCCUACUCCAAGUGGGCCGGUAUUAUCAUCUCCAUCAUUGCUAUCUUCCGAAUCGCGCUGUACAUCUCCCUGAAGAUUCGCUCCAAGUAA